AGAAACAUACUGGCAGAUAAGCACGUUUUAAGGUUAUGAAUGUACAAAACUCGACAACUCGGUAUAAGUCGCAGAAAGUCUAAAGGAUAUUUGGAUAACAGGUACAUGAAAGUAUGUGGCCUAAAGACAGAGAAAAAAGGCAUCAAGAAAAGCAGUAAUAAAAAAAUCAUUACAAGCGGACGUAGGAAGGCCGACAGGAACAUGUGCCUAUACCCAGACUGAUUUUUUUAUUUGGAAUUUUAAACACUUAUAUUUCGAAAUCCUGCACACAUAGACAUCGCUCAUUCAGGAACUAAAGGCAGGAUGGAGAUAGAGAAAAUGCAUAGAUGGUUGGUUUUCCUAUCAGCAUGCAUGGUUAUGAUAGUAACAUUGGGAUUUGUCCUCUCCUUUGGUGUAUUAUUGGUUGAUUUCAUCAAUGUUUUCAACGCAUCAAGAUCCAAAGCGUCUCUGGUACAAUCUGUGUUUAUCGCCGUAAGUACGUGUUCUGGUCUAUUUGUUGGCCCUAUAAUGCAGAAAUGUGGAAUGAAGAAAGCUGGCUGUCUUGGAUCAGUAUUGAUAUCAACGGGACUUAUCAUUUCUUUCUUCGCUAAUUCCAUUCCAUAUUUUGUUGUUUCGACUGGAGUUGUAACAGCUUUGGGUGUAGGUUUCCUGUUUGUCGUGUCUUACGCCGCUGUUGGGCACCACUUCACCGAGAAAACAGCACUGAUUCUACUGUCAAUAGUAAACGCAGUUUCUGGACUAGGAGGAAUGUUGUUUCCGUUUAUCCUCGCAUACUUCAGUGAAACAUUUGGCUUACGUGGAACUCUUCUGCUGAGUGGUGGUAUUGUCAUGAAUACUAUUCCCGCUGCUUUACUUUGGACGCAACCUGAACACAUUCUGCCUAAGAACCGAAGGAAGAAGGGAAAAACAAAUAAUGCAUACACCUCAGAAGAAACUGAAUCUAGAACAGAAGACAGAGUGCAAAAUGAUUACAAGAAUGAAAUUGUACCGAGGCAUGGUGAAACGGUAGAAAUUAAAAAAGUAAAAUAUAUGCAAAAUACUGAGCACGGACUUUUAAGAAGCAUCAAACUCCUUUUCAAAGAUAAAUGUUUCAUUUUAUUUGUACUAGGAAUGGCUCUUGCAUAUCCACCUAUUAUGUUGCUGAUAACGUUUAUUGUAGAUGUAUUUACCGAUUCAGGUCUUUCUCAAACAGAUGCCAAUUUUGGACUUCUACUAAUGAACGCGUUCAGUAUCGGUGGACGCUUACUUCCAGGGCUCUUAUUGCAGUCAAGGCAUAUUAGUUCUUUGAUGGUUCCAGCAUUCGCGAGCAUAGUAACAGGUGUCUGUAUGGCAGGCUUAAUUUUGGUUAGGUCUUUGUCCUUAAAGCUUGUCUUCUCUAGCGUUGUUGGAAUACCAUUAGGUAUUUUCGUGUCGUGUUUUAGUGUGACAAAUUUAGACAUCGUUGGCCCAUCCCAGUUGGGUAACGCAUCUGGAUUAACUCUUACAGCAAGCGGAUUGGUCAGCAUUGCAGCCGGGCCAGUCAGUGGAUAUAUUCGGGAUGCUACGGGCUCUUACGUUAUCGUAUUUCUUGCUUGCGCUGGUAUUCAACUAAUUGCAACUUCCCUUUUUGUGAGUGCAAUGUACUACAGAAAAGAUAGCAAGUCAUCAGCUUCCAGGAAAACUUCAGUGUUUUACAUUACAAAAAUGUAGUAUAUUUUCAUGAAUCUUUUUGAAAUUUAGAAAUCGUAAUUGAUUGAUUUGAUAACAGAUCUGUUUAUAUAAUAUGUAUGAUUAAUAAUAUUACAAACGUUUAUUCUUUGUAAGUUUUGUUUUAUAUAUCAAAGACCAUUUGUUAUAACUGUUCUACCAAAUAUUGCAAAUAGGACAAACAAAAAGGAUAGAUUUCCAGCAGGAACAUACAUGUUCGGGAGAAAUCAGACUUCUCAAAUUGCUUGAUAUGUUUGGAUUUGUACACAAUUUACUAGCAGGCAGUUGGUUAUUCGCACGCGAAUUUGGCAACUUGCUCUCCUGAUCUUAAUGAAGACUGAUGUAUAUAUUGAAAGUUUUGAAUCUUGAUAUCUAAGAGUAAUUCAAGAGUUUAUUUGCAUGGUUUUAUACAUGUACACAAAACACACUGACAAAGACAACGAGAAGGAAACGAACAAAUUAAGGUACUCGAUGGAGCAUGCCUAUGGAGGUCAGUGACAAUCAGCUCACAGGGGAUUGAACUAAGAUCUGUCCCCUCAUGUUCCACAGCUACUGAAAAGUAACAAAGUAACAAGGCAACGAUCUUACAAGAACAACAACACCAACAACAAAUGGACGGAUGUAUACUUUAUUCAUAAAAUGUACAAAAUAUCUAAACAAAGUAAUGCAAAUAGAAAAAACGGUCAGUCAACGGCGAAUUUAUGCCUUGUGCACAUCAUUGCAGAAAUAUACAUUAACUAUGUAAACAACAAGCUAAGAAACACAUGUAACGAGAGGGUACCGCCCUUAGACUACCAGUGCAAGAUUACUACUUGGGAGUUAACACGGCUUAAUGGUGCUUAAUGGUGCACUCUUCACUUCACUCUAGAUUGUGGUUAUAUUCCGAAGUUACUGGAGUGUUCAGUUAAAUUAAAAUAAAAGCUACAAACACGUUCUUCAAAAACGUUGAUGGGACAAGGUAGAGUCUGUUCAUGAGAGAUAACAGACUGUGAAUGACCCAUUACACCCUCUCUCACUGACUUAAAGAGAAUCCCUAUAGUUUUUUUCCUUUCAUAGAAUUUUUUUUAAUUCACAUAUAUGAUAGGAAAAUGUGUGCUGAAAACAAUGAACAAAUAAAAAUAAUAGGUCACCAGGCUUGUUUUUGUGAAAAAUUGCUUUGAACACACCCACUGUUGCUGAAACUGCCAGCGAUUUUUCAACAGUUUCAUAAUUUUCUGCUUUUUUAUAAAUAUCAACCAAAAUAUACAUCCAGGCAGCACAAUACGAUUUUUUUCUUAUUACAGAUUUUAUCAUAUACUUACUUGAUAUCAUAGUCAUAUUUGUAAUACUCUAUCCUUACAAUGAUGGGUACAAAUGAAAAAAAAAUAUUGUUUCAUAUUUACUUUUGUGAACUUUUUUCAAUGAAAAAUACCCAUAGUGAAGAAUAUUUUUUUUAAUUUUGAAAAAACUCUUUCAGAUUUUUUUCCUUUUUUUCUUGUGUAUAGAUAAUUGUAUUGUGAGCAUAAAAAUGACUAAAAAUGUAUGGGUCACCAGGCUAAAUUUUAUGUUAAGACCGCUAGAAUACAACAUCUGUUCGGACGGAAAUGGCGCGAACCUGCCCAAAUUGAUUAAAAUGUGUGUCUGCUAAAAGUUUAAAAAAAGUUUUAAAAAUUCUUAAUUCUUUCUAUAAUUGCAUACUAAAUAAUCUGAAAGGUGAUAUUGUCUUAUCAGUACUAAGUCAAUUAUCUUACAUUAUAUGAACAACAAUGUCUUUAUACUAAAAUGCGAUGUGAAAACACAACCACAGAAAUAGCAAGAUACCUGUCAGGCAUGAUACCUGUCAAUACAACAUAAACCAGUAUCAACAUUUGAUUACUGAUAUAACUUAUCAAAUAUGUUGUUUCAUUCAAGAUUCCUCAUAUUUAAGAUUGUCUGUAACAUGUUUCAACAAAUGUUGACUUCAGUUCAGUUUUCCAAAGAAAGUGUCGGCUGCGCAGAAAGAUGCGCAUAAAAAAACUAUAGGAAUUCCCUUUAAGCGAAAUUCUUUUAUAGUAAAAUUUGAUUAAAACAGAACAGAGAAACUAACCUUCAAUGAAUUUUAUGUUAUUCAAUACGCCGCACUGAGUAUCCUUUUUCUUUUGUACUUAACUUCAUUUCUACUGAUCAUUGGAUCCCUAUAGAACAGCAAUUUUCGAAUUCACUAAAAUUGUUUUGUGGUAUUCAUUUAUUUUACAUAUUAUACUAGUAUACCGAAAAUUGACUCGGCGUUCAUUAAAAUUCAUUCGUUGUUUUUUCUGCAAACGUUCGAGGGUCCAUUAACUGUUUCCUGGUUUAGAUUAUAAGGCAACAAAGUUUUAUCAAGUCUG